AUGUGGCAACGCAGCAUGCCACAUUGAUUUUGUUCUCGCUGCGGUGCCCAAGCCCCAAGCACGUUCUUUCGUACGACCGAUCCAUCACAGGCUCAUACUCAGAUCCGCUACUAGCAUGAGCUCGCCACUGAUUUACGAGAGGAACUGGGCCGACAAGUACAAGUACGAGGACGCCGAGAAGCAGCACUUCGAGCGGCUCGCCAAGGAAGCCAAGGCUCAGCAGCCGGCGGCGGCAGCGGCCGUCGCCGCGCAGCCGCCAGCCCCCAAGCCGCAGCCGGCCGCCAAGCAGCCGGUAGCCGCGGCCGAGCCCGAGAAGGCCAAGCCGCAGCCGCAACAGGCCAGCACCAAGGAGAAGAAGAACGAGGUCAACAAGAAGGGCAAGAAGCAGAGCCCCGAGCCCGAUAAGGGUCCUUCGCCUCCUGCUAAUAACCAAGCAGACGAAAAAAGUAGUCUCGCCAGCGAGGUAGCCAGGGCGCGCCAACACAUUAAAACCUCCCUAGAAUGUGUGGAUCGUAUUUCGACCUUUGCCGUCAACCAGGGCGGCACUGACCUGGUCAACAGAAUCGUCAGCUUGGAGAAAGAAAAUGAGGGGCUCCGCAAGUUGGUGGAGAAAAUGCAGAAGUCGCAAGAUGCCCUUGAGAAGAGGCUGAACGAGCUGGAAAAGAAGUCUAGCUCAGUGGUUUCUGCACCAAAGACCUCAGCAGCGCCAGCCAAGCCUGCCGCCCCACAGAAGGCUACGCCAGCGCCAAAAGACGAUGAUGACGACGUUGACCUCUUCGGUUCCUCUGAUGAGGAAGAUGAGUCGGCCAAGCAGGUCAGGGAACAGAGGCUUGCAGAGUACGCGGCCAAGAAGUCCAAGAAGCCAGUUCUGAUCGCCAAGUCAAAUGUGAUCUUGGACGUGAAGCCCUGGGACGACGAGACCGACAUGCUUGAGUUGGAGAAGGCCGUGCGCAGCAUCGAGAUGGACGGUCUUCUGUGGGGCGCGUCCAAGAAGGUGCCGCUCGCCUACGGUAUCCACAAGCUGCAGAUCUCGGCCGUGAUCGAGGACGAGAAGGUGUCCGUUGAUCUGCUCACAGAGCAGAUCGAAUCGAAUGAGGACUACGUUCAAAGUGUAGACAUUGCAGCCUUCAACAAGAUCUAAUUGAAACUGCAGGGGCGGCUUACUCAUGCAUAAGACCAACUCGAAGUUUGAUUGAAUCCCCUCAUUUCCAGCUGCCAUUGCUUUAUUGCUGCGAUUUGUUUUCUUAACGUAGUGUUGCAACACCAAACUUCUGUUUGUGUCCACUCUGUGUCCAAAAUCUAUAAAAAACGUGACAGAAA